AAGGGCUAUAGAAAUGAGGACAGAAUGUGGGAACCAGGAGCCCAUCUGGACAAUUCCCGCAAUGCCGUUCACAAAUUCUAUUCUAAGAAUCCCUCAGCUCUACAAAAGCUUAGAGGCAUGGAUUCAAGCCUUUUUUAUUCUUUUUUUCAACCAAUGCCCAAAAAUUUAACUACAACCUCCAGUACUUGGUCUUGCCUGGAAUUUGAGCCUUAG